AUGGAGGGCGAUUCGCAUGAUUGGGAGUUGCUUCACGAGUCUGACAUCGAUUCGAUCGAGUCGCAAGCUUCGUACGAGAAGUCGAGCAAUUCAAGUGAAGUCGAUGGUGUUUCGUUUGGUGUGUUCCGCACUGAUCACUUCUCUGUUGAAAAUCUCGUCGAAAGAUCAGGUAAGACCACUGAUCCGAGCGGAAAUGAAUUUGUCAAAUCGGAUGCGAAAACUGGAGAUGAGAGGAAGACCACUGAUUCAGGAAUUCCUAAAGUUUCUGAUCGAAAGCACGUUGAGAGCCAAGCUGCUGCUGAAGAAACGGGUAAAACCCUACCUUGUAAUGAGGAUUCAAGCAAGAGCUGGUCUGAUUCAGGUGGUGAAGUGUUGGUUUCUGGGGAUUCUGGGGCAACAACAAAGGAAAACGAGUUUGUCUCUAACAGUGGAUUAGUCUCUUCUGAAGCGAUGGUGGGGAAUGAGGUGAGAAUAGUUGAGAGAGAAGCUCAUUCUGUGAAUCUCGAUGCGAAAACUGGAGAUGAGAGGAAGAAAAGUGGUAUGGUGUGGUGGAAGAUGCCAUUUGUGCUUCUCAAGUACUGUGGAUUUAAGAUUGGCCCCGUUUGGACUGUAUCCAUGGCUGCAGCUGUGAUGGGUUUAGCUCUAUUGGGACGCAGAUUGUAUAACGUGAAGAAGAAGGCUCGGAGGUUUCAGCUUAAAGUUACAAUUGAUGAUAAGAAGGUUUCGCGAGUGAUGAGUCAGGCUGCACGACUCAACGAAGCUUUUACAGAGGUGAGAAGGGUCCCUGUGAUCCGCCCUGCUCUCCCUUCUCCGGGCGCAAACCCAUGGCCGGUUUUGAGCCUCAGAUGAAACUCAGGUUUCCGCAAAAACCCGAAUGGUAAGAAGAAUCACCAGCCUCUUUAUGUUAUUUAGCAAAGUAUAUAACAUA